UUACUACUGCGAAUAGUAGUAAUCAAGAGGUAUGUAAUCAAGAAGCAGGUAAUCGAGAUAUAGGUGAUCAAGAUAUGGGUGAUCUAGAUAUAGGCAGAUCUGCUCUUAAGACUACACGUGGCAAGAAGAAGGGGGACGAAGGAGAGGAAGUUGGUGGGGAGAAUGGACGUGAGAACUUCAUUCGUGAGGCACGGAAGGAACUGGCAAACAAGAAGAAAGACGAUCUCGUGGAAAUAUGCAUGAAGGAGGGAAUUAAGUAUAGCACGAUACCACGGACGAUUACCGAUAUUAUUGAAAAACGGGUGGAGAAGGCGUUUGGUAAGAAGGCAGCGGUACAGGAAGUUUCGGAAGAUGACGGUGAUGACGACGGUAAGAACGACGGGAGGGACUCGGUUGAUUCUUAGGGUCCCUCCUGAGCGCGGCAUACCUUUGGUCUCUCGCUAAUGAAUGUUCUAAUUCUCG